GAAUAUAUUAAUCAAAGUCAGAUUAACCUACGCUUCAUUCAUUGUGCUAAUAUCUGUUAACAAAAUGAAAGAAUUUAUAGGGGUUGUAUUUGGCGAUAACACCAACGCCGUAAUUCCUAAAAGCUGGCUAACUCCAGGGAGCUCUUCGUCUGAAAGCAAGUCUUGUUUCUGGCCAGCAAAAAGUGCACACCACAAAGCUCAGGCCAAAAUUGAACCCAACUCAAAAUGGCCCACAUACAACUGCCAAAUUUUGACUGAAGCAUCUACUUUCGCAAAGUGCGAACGCAAAAUGUACACCCUAACGGACGGGUCAACAUCUGCUGACGACGAAGUUGCUGAGCCGUUGGUCGCGCCUGUACCUGUCUUGACUUUCACCCCCGCAUCCGCACCAAGGAAGUGCCCUGUUGAGCAGCGUGAGGCUCUCCCAGAGGAAUGGAUGGAACGCAUCGAACGUAUCGAGCAGGAACAGAGCAGAAAUCAUCUUGCAAUAGCAAAUAAAAUGGACAGGAUGGAAAGGCAACUGAGUCACCUGAUUUCCUUAGCGGAAAUGAAGUCUGUGGGUGCCUCUGAAGCUCUGCAGGCGCCAGCCACUUCAAUGGCUGAAUUGGAUAAUAUUGCUAAGGAUCCAAACCUGAUUCAAAAGUUACAACCCUACAUCGGAAGCAACUCGAAGAUGACGGUGAGGAGAGUGCUGAAGCGCUGCAUGUCACGCGAUUUGGCACUUCACUUCAGCUUUACGGGUUUGGGAGAGAAAAGAACUGCCUCAAAGCAAGCAUUUGGGAGUCACCUCCUAUGCACGCGAAUUCUAGGUGAUGCAGCCGCAUUGCAAAUGAAGGACACGAGGGAAGUGCUCGUAAACCACAUCCAGGCCGCACUCCGAGGUGCGCGGGAUUGGGAUGGAGGAAGAAAGUUACGGCUUGAUGCUGCAGCAUCUCUGUCGGGUGUCGGCUCAUCACCUCUCCGUGCGACCGUAUCUACUGCAGGUGUAAUUUCUUGUACAUCACCUGCUGGAUCAGGCAGCGGUAAGCGUAGUCCUGUCUUCCUACCAUCCACCGUUUCAAUUCCCGAUAUUGAGGGAGCUGGCGCUGCAGCCAUAACUUAUGAUGAAGUCGAACAGCCUAGUCCCUCUGCAGGAAACUCUACAACUGGUGAUGUAUGGAAUGAUUCCAUUGAAAACUAGGAAAUGUCACGUGUAAGUGUGUGAUCAUUAUUACCUUUCUUGCAGUGACAAUAUUAUGGUAGCAAAAUUGGUGGGAUCCGCAUGUGGCCAGUAAAUCAAGUUUCUCUCCUUGCUUAAUGCUUAGCAUAUGAUCUUUAUUUAAUGUCAUGCCAUAGUGAGGUAGCUCAUUGACCGAGGUUGACUAAAUUGAACCUAGGUAAAAACAGGAACAUAAACUGAAAAUGGAAAUGCAGCUGUAAAAUAAAGGAGUAAUAAAUA